GAUAUAUCACCGACGACGACGAGAAAGGAAUGAAGAAGAGCUGCGCACCACUUCCAGAGGUUUAGGGUACAGCAGUUUAUACAGUAGCUAUUAGGCACAUCUUCACCGUCGAUUUAAUGAAAUUCAUUAAAUCAACGGUUGGAUGUGCAUUGGAUACAUAUCUUUAAGCGGAACUAAAGAAAGAGUUCAAUUUGGACGGCGGAGAUGACGCUUCGCUUUCCAUUCUCUAUCUGCUCGCCUCUCCCACCCAACCUCGCUUCGUCCCUCCGCCGCCGUUUCUCCGCCUCUACUCCGCCCGCUGCCACCGCCCUUUCCUUCUCUCCGCCGCCGCCAUCCCCCACAGCCGAGCAUCUAAACCCGCUCUUCCUCCGUCCCCUGUCCUUCACUGCCUCCCGCUCCGACCUCCUCGACUUCCGCCGCUGGGCCGAAUCCCUCGCCCUCGCCGCCGCCCCCCGCCUCAGCUCCGACGGAGGACCAGGGGAAGACCUCCUCCGCCGCGAACUCGCGUGGAUGCUCGAGGAUGCCGCAGCUGACCCCGGCGUCGGCGCGGUCCGGCUCCGGGUCGAGCUGGAGGAGCUCUACCGCCUGUGGAGGGAGAGGAUCGAGGAGAGGCGGCCGCUUCAGUACAUCGUCGGGUGCGAGCACUGGCGGGACUUGGUCUUGGCGGUGAAAGAUGGGGUUUUGAUACCGAGGCCGGAGACGGAGAUGGUGGUGGAUCUGGUCGCCGAGGUGGAGGGCUUCGAGCAGGGCUUGUGGGCCGACCUGGGCACCGGGAGCGGAGCCAUUUCUGUCGGAAUUGGGAGGAUGUUGCGGGAGGGAGGGAGAGUCUUCGCCACGGAUCUGAGUCCUAUUGCGUUGGGGAUAGCAAGGCUCAAUGUGGAGAGGUAUGGAUUAAAGGAUAAAAUUGAGUUAAGGCAAGGUUCCUGGUUUGAACCUCUGCGAGAUGUCGAAGGCAAACUUACAGGUCUGGUCAGCAACCCUCCAUACAUUCCCAGUGGCAAUAUUCCCGGUCUACAAGCAGAAGUUUGUCAGCAUGAGCCAGAGCUUGCCCUAGACGGAGGUGCAGAUGGCACGGACCAUCUCCUUCAUCUGUGCCAGGGCUCUGCUUCUGCACUCAGAUCCGGUGGCUUCUUUGCUUUCGAGACGAAUGGCGACGAGCAAACGAAGUUAAUUGCGAAUUUGAUGACGACGAGGUGGGCGAAGCUCUUCCACAGCGUGAAGAUCGUGCCGGACUUUGCAGGGAUCGAGAGGUUUGUGACUGGAUUUCGCAGAUGAGCGCAGUUCUUCGAAUUCGCAGCCUCCGGCACUGCGUGAAGAAGAAGCCUGAUAGAAUAAUCAUCGAUGUCGUUCCAAUAGCGUUGUGAAUCAAUCUAUCUCGAUAUUUAAUUUGUGUUUUUUUUUAAAAAAAAAACUAAUUAGAUUUUAGCACGUAUCUUAAUGCUGAUGUUCUUAAUCAACAAAACUCGCUGCUUUUAUUUCAAACAUACCAAAUUAAGCC